AUGUUCCUCACGGUCAAGCUGCUCCUGGGUCGGAGAUGUAGCCUGAAGGUGUCGGGGCGAGAGAGCGUGGCCAUGCUGAAGAAGCUGGUGUCCGAGCGGCUGCAGGUGCCCGAGGAGCGGCAGCACCUGCUCUUCCGCGGCCAGCUUCUGGAGGAUGACAAGCAUCUCUCCGACUAUUGCAUCGGGCCCAAUGCCUCCAUCAAUGUCAUUAUGCGGCCCCUGGAGAAGACAGCGCCCAAGGAGGCCCGUCAGCUCCAGCCCCUGUGGCACCAUCUGGGUCAGGUCCUGGCCAAACACUUUGGGCCUCAGGACGCCGAGGCAGUGCUGCAGCUGCUGAGGCAGGAGCAUGAGGAACGCCUGCAGAAGAUAAGCCUGGGGGACCUAGAGCAGCUGGCGCAGUACCUCCUGACCAAGGAGCCACUCGCGGAGCCCACUGGGGAGAGGGAAUCUGGCACGCAGAGCCCCCAAGACAAGGAGAAGGAGGAGGAGAAGGCUGAUCAGUAA